AUGGAGCCGCUGCGCAAUGGCGGCGGCGCCGAGGAGAAGCCGCGGCGGCGGGGCGCGGACGCGGGGCCGCCGGCGCCGUCAGCGCGGCGGCGCAGCAGCGGCGCUGACGGCGCGGCGGGGCCGCAGCCCCGCGAGCGCGGCGGCUCCGUCAGCCGCCAGCGCCGGGACUCGGUGCGCAAGAACCGCCCGCUCUUUCCUUGGUUUGGCUUGGAUAUCGGAGGGACCUUGGUCAAACUUGUUUAUUUUGAACCAAAGGACAUCACUGCUGAAGAGGAGGAGGAGGAAGUGGAAAAUCUCAAAAGCAUCCGAAAAUACCUGACAUCAAACGUAGCCUAUGGAUCUACAGGCAUUCGGGAUGUGCACCUUGAACUAAAGGACCUUACCCUGUGUGGACGUAAAGGCAAUCUGCACUUUAUACGCUUUCCUACUCAUGACAUGCCUGCUUUUAUUCAAAUGGGCAGCGAAAAACACUUCUCAAGCCUCCAUACUACCUUAUGUGCCACGGGAGGUGGAGCAUACAAAUUUGAGCAGGACUUUCGCACAAUGGGUGACCUUAAGCUUUGCAAGCUAGAUGAACUUGACUGCCUUAUUAAAGGAGUUUUGUACAUUGAUUCAGUUGGAUUCAAUGGACAUUCAGAAUGCUACUAUUUUGAAAACCCAACUGAUGCUGAAAGAUGUCAGAAGCUCCCCUUCAACUUGGAGAAUCCAUAUCCUCUGCUUUUGGUGAACAUUGGCUCAGGGGUCAGCAUUUUGGCUGUGUAUUCAAAAGAAAACUAUAAGCGGGUAACAGGCACCAGUCUUGGAGGGGGAACCUUUUAUGGUCUCUGCUGUCUUCUCACUGGUUGCUCCACCUUUGAAGAGGCCCUAGAAAUGGCAUCCCACGGAGACAGCACUAAAGUGGAUAAACUAGUGCGGGACAUCUACGGAGGAGAUUAUGAGCGUUUUGGAUUGCCAGGCUGGGCUGUAGCAUCCAGUUUUGGAAACAUGAUGAGCAAGGAGAAGCGGGAAUCCGUCAGCAAAGAGGACCUUGCAAGGGCUACUUUAGUAACCAUCACCAAUAACAUUGGCUCCAUAGCACGGAUGUGUGCACUUAAUGAGAACAUUAAUCGAGUGGUUUUUGUUGGCAAUUUUCUUCGAAUCAAUACAAUCUCAAUGAGGCUUCUGGCAUAUGCUUUAGACUACUGGUCAAAGGGACAGUUAAAAGCACUUUUCUUGGAACAUGAGGGUUAUUUUGGUGCAGUUGGUGCUCUUCUGGAACUCCUGGAUUCAGCCUGACUCCACGUGGAUUCAGCACGUUGGACCUGCGAAGCAGUGGCACUUCUUGGGUCACAACACCCCCGUUUAUAUCGCUUUGUUUAAAGCAUCCGUUCAGUGACUAUUAAGGAAAUCGUGCGUGACCCAAUCAGGACAGAAAAGGAAAGACUGUUGUGCUGCUUUUGUAAACAGUUGAAGCAAAUCUUCAGUUGCAGCGUAGGCUGGUUCAGAAGGAGUGUACAUGCAAAUAUGUUGGCUGAAUGUGGUGGUUGUGUUUGGAAUAUCUGUAGAGCAUUUAGUUACUUACAUCAAACAGCCCUUUUUAUGUAGUUUUCUCCAUACGUUUAGUGGUGGUAACGUAACAGGAGCCUUGCGCUACUUCCGUCCAUCGAGACUCCCUCGAGUGCUGAAUGUCUGCCUGGUUUGUAUUUUAUAGAAUUCAGUGACAGUGUUUUGUGUUCUGGGAAUGAAAGACAUCACGUUUUUAUGACGCCGUAAGUCGUCCGUAAAGGGGCAGGAGCAUCGGCGCAGCCCUGGCACGUGAAGGUGAUAAGGACCACGUCUGUCUCCUCUGAACCGCACAGUGGCCUGUCGGACACCGUUGUGCUAUCUGUAAGGCUUAUUUUCUGUUAGCGCUGUUUCUUACCUAUGUAUACAGAUUAUUAGAGAUAAAAGGUAAGGCAUAAAUCCUGUGACUUGCUUACUCUAAAUCUGCUUAGGUUGAUCUUGUUUUCAGCCUAUAACCCUUUUAUGCUCAGCACAAUCCCCCUUAGGAUAUGUCGCAAUGUGGGCAUAGUGUUAGGAGUACAUAUCCACCUGCGACCUUGAAAUCUGCUAUAAGCAAAUUGGAAGAUGGUGGGUUUUUUCCUCUGUUGCAACAGCUGGUUGUCUAUAUCAGAGAUUUCUUUUCCUUUCAGUUGUACACUUGGGAUCUUCUCUGUAGUAUUUUACAGAUUUUUUUUUUCUAAUUGCAAAACCAAUCUAACUUCUGGGGGAGGCCUGUUCUUCCCAGAUGCAUGUUGUACUUUAAUUUUCUUUGUGCAUGCAGUCCUUUAUGCAGCCUGUAGACUAGGUUGCUGCCAUUUGGAGCUCCUAAAGGUACUGCACUCUCAGGUUGUGAAUUUGGAAAUCGUUUCCUGCCUACUGAAUGCUCUCUCAAAACGGAGAUGCUGACAAUGGGGCAGUAGUUUUUAAAAAAAUAAUAAUUUGGAGCAUGCACAUGGCUUGUAAACUGAUCUUGCCUGUUUCUUUCCCUUCCCAUGUUCUUUUUAGAAAUUCUUCCUAGACUUGGAUGUUUGGUUAUAAAAAAGAACAACCUCUUUAGUGAGAAGGGUAUAAAUAUUCUGUUUCCUGUGCCACUAGCAUUGGUUAUUUCAGUAUAACUUUGCUCCAGUCAAGGAGCGUGGCGAAAAAGGUUGCUUUUUCUUUUUUUUUUUUGAAGAGCCAUGUGCAUGUUCCCUUGACGACACAAGUCAAGGGGAGAUGCUGCUUCCAAGAGUUAUCUGCGAUACGGUACUUGUCAGCUAAGUAACUUGGCUGCGCGCAGAAAGCCGUCCUCCGCCAGCUGCCUGAAGGCAGAUCCCAGCUCACUUGACCUGCGUUCACCCUCGCCGGGGUUUGUCCCUGAACAUCGCCUAAAUGGCCCCGAUCCUGAAUCGGAUUAUUUAAAGCCAACAGUUUCAUUUCAGAUCGACGCAGACCAUCGCCUCUUUGAUCUCGAUGCGCCGCAGCGCUGAGCAGCCGCAGCGCUGAGCAGCCGUGCCGACGCGGUGCAUCCCCGUAGAGCCGGGGAGGUUGCCUCGCCGAAAUGACGCUCGGUGGAGGCGCAGGCAGCAGCAGCUCACGUCUGUCCAUCCGUCUGUCUGUCUGCCUCGUGGGUUAGGUCCUGCGCGGUGUUUCUCUAAAGCCUGUUGUGUCAGCUCUGCUGCAGACGGCAGGUACAGCAGAAAGGAAGGUAUUUUCCAAACUUUAGUUGAUCGUGGGCUGGAACCUCCUGAACGCAUCUGGUAAUUCGGCAGAAGGAAAAAAAAGAGAACACAGCAUGUGGUGUUCACGUGAAAGGUGGUCUUUGCUGCGCUCUCUUUGCAGAAAAGGAGAGUUCUUGUGUUUUCCCUGCCGGUGUAAUGCAGACUUCAGUGCAGUCCUGCUCCCCAUUCAAAUUCAAUGCGUUGCUCCGAGAUGCACGCUUGGAGCAGGAUAAUAUGUUGCAUCUGAGAUCUCACUCUUACCUUUCAUGGGAUUUCAGAAGAAAUUAUCAUGAACAGGUACACUAAAAACAACUGCACUUUUCAGUUGCAGGCUCUAGGUUUUGUAGACUCGGCUUAACUCUUUCUCCACCGUGCUAAGUGUAAUGCACUUAGGGAAGAACCUUAAGGAAGAACCUACGUGGAAAUACCUUGAAAUGGUUUUGUUACACUCACUGAGGCUGUGCAGGGAUGGGAAAUGCCUACAGAAAUCCUGCGGUCUGGGCUAAAGUAAGGUCCUGCCGUGCUGUCCUUCAGUGCGUACCUGGGAGGGAGCAGUGUCCGACAGAUUGCUUUUUUUUUUUUUAAACAUUCAUUUUGUAAAACUCCUUUUUUUUCCUCCGGAUUUUUACUAGAUCCUGCAGCUACGAGGUUGUUGCGUCUAACACCAGAUUCCUUUAUGUAUUGUACGCAUUUUUUUGUAAAACUUUUUUCUUCUUGGAAUAAAAUAUUACAGUUAUUUUUA